GCCGCCCGCUCCAGCCCCGGACGCGCCGCGCGCGGCCCCACGUUUUAGUUCCUUUCUCCCCCGAGCGCCCCUCUACACCCUCGCGACGCACAUGGCCCCCGAGAAGAACACUUCUAUUUCCAGCCUCUGCGGCUCUCCCCGCCACGGCGCCCUUUGUUGAGAGGUAGAUUUGGAUGAAACGGGGACGGGCUCCUGAAAUCGGGAGCUGCUCGGGUCAAGUGGCUUCCCUCUUCUCCCGAAGAAAGGGCUUUGGAGGGGUUUGAACGUCCAGAGAACGCCCUCAUUUUAUAGGGACGGGUUGCGUGGGGGGCAGCGACCCCGCCGAGGUGGAUGUUAAACUGGAGAGAGCCCGAACAAAAAUGUUAUUAACUUAAGUUGGAGGGACACUUGUGUGAAAUUGGAUGGCUUGUAAGAUGGCGGUUCCCAGUUGUUUCCAAGGUCUCCUGCAUUUGUGUUUAAAAUGGUAAAGUUUUCAAGGUGUGAUUUGUUGGGAGUCUUAGAUGAGUUCUCGAAACAUUACUUGGGACGCGCGCACUGGGAAGUGGGCAUUUCGAAUUUGGAGCUUUUUGGGGGGUGAUGAUGGUGACUGGACGUUAGUCUUGCAAGAGGUUUCCUUUCUUCUUUUCGCCCCCCUCCUUCUUUUUCUCUCUCCCCCCCCCCUCCCGCCCCCCACCUCGGUCACUGCAAUUUUUCUCUCAGCCUCUCCUAUGGGAUGCACUUGGAGCCGUGACUUAAGUCCACUACGUUUUAUAGGUUUUGCUGAAUGUCAGCAUAGGUCAUGUGGUGAAGAGAUGCUUUGGAAAAGGAGCACUAAAAAGUUGACUACGUGUGUUUACACAGCCUUUUGGGUUUGACAGCGAUAGAGGAUGGUGUUUUCCCCCAGAAAUUUACAGUUAAUAAUUGGAAGUAAACAAGUAGAGAGACUUUGAUCAUUUCCAAUUGCAAUAAAAGGAUUUAGUGGGCUUAGUGGUCACGGUCCAAUAUUUAAAAGAGAAGCAUGUAUUUAACCCCUUCUCUUAAAGUAGGCAAAAUUCUGGGCAUAUUUCUCCAAAUCCUACUGUAGGUGGGUGCUACCUAGAAUGUUGUGAGUGGUUCUGCAUAUAUUUCAUAGGAACCUUAACCCCCAAGUUCUGGAAACCCACUAUGAGCUACAAUAAAGACUUGAAAGUUAAGGAUGCAAAUCGUUGACAGUAUAUACUUCAUGUGACUAUGUUAGUAUUUGAAUUUUAUUUUAAGUAGACUGGUCAGAAUCCCUUAGAGAUUGGGUUCAUGAGCAGAUUUAUAAACUUUUAAGUAUCUGAGUUCAUUCCCAUACGUUUGCCCCAGAGUGCAAAGGUGUUUGAAAUUACUUACCUGUGCAAAUUACAUGCAUAGUAACAGUGUCUUUGAAGCCAUAUAAAAGUCAUUGCGUGUGCAUGUGGAUACACACACGUGCUUUUGGAAGAAAAUUGAGUAUUUAAUUGUACUUGAUAAAUCCAUUAAUACUCUACCAGCAAGUUCCGGGAUGGAUGGGUGUUAAGUACCCAACUCGGCAAAGCUCUCCCUCAGAGUCAAGUUAACCCAAACUUUACCCAUACUUCUGGGCUGUGAACCCCAACUGGGGUUUUGGAGUUCAUUUGCAUUUCUUAGAUUGCAAUAGUCAAGCUGAUUGUUAACAUAAGAGCUUGCUUCUGUUUUGCUUCAUUUUGACAUGGUGUUAGGCCUCCCAACUAAACUGACAGCCCCCACUGAGUAUGGUACAAAGGCAAGUUUUAACUAUUGAGUAUUUCUACUACUGUGUGGUGCAUUUUUUGCUUGCCUGCCUGGCAGUUUCUGUAUUGGAACCUAGGAGGCUUUCAUUUCUAAGGUGCAAGGGAUUGUUUGUUUCCUAAACCUAUCAAGCAUGUCAAACAUUUUGGAAGUCAUCAUUACAUUGCCAGUACUCUCAAGUGGUAUACAAAGAUAAAGAACUGAUUUUUAUGUAAGUAAUGAAGUGAUAUUUACUGGCAUUAUAAAUGGCGAUAGGACUGUGGCCAAACCAGGUGAUUGUGACUUACCUGUUAAAAGCCAACCAGCAGAUUUCCCUCCACUGAGGUUGAACUGUUCUGUAUGUUAGUAUUUGUGUUUGGUGCUUUCUGUACAGCAGAGAAAUAAAGGCAUCUGUUUUUAUUGAAGUCCCUUCUCAAACUUCGUGUUCGGUGACAUUAGUGUGAUAUGCUAUCACAAGGAGACCUAAGUAUCACCUUGUUAUCUUUCUAGGAAAGGUCCUGUGGUUUCACAAGGAGAGUUUGCUUUAAGAAUUAAGGUUUGUCUUUAAUCAAGUACAAUGGAUUUAAAUAUUGCUACUCUUUUGGGACAGUGCUCCACCCACAACUCCUCUACAACCCCAAUUAGAUUUAUUUUAACAACAUGUUGACAAUAUUCUUGUAAACAAGUAAUCCAAAGAUAACUGAGGAAUCACACAUGAAGUUUUCUGGUUGAAGUCACUGGUUGCUACUGUGAUCACUUUCAUAAAAGAGGCUUUGUUUUGUUUUUGCCUUUUUUUUUUUUUUUUUUUUUUUUUUUUAGUACUCUAAAGCUGUUAGUUUCAGCCAUUGAGGUAUGUUGAUUGGUAUUUCCUUCUUCUGCAUUAAAAUUCCCUAGGAAUUAAAACCUCAGAUGCAUCUUCAAGUUUCACAAGUUCCUAGAUUUCUAUUCAGAGCAGUUUUGAGAAUGUACUCCACACAGGUCUAGAAACGUGGUCCUAUUUUAGGUUCUGAAAUGAAUGAAGUGGGGGUAAGAAAUAUAUUUUUCAAGAGCACUACACGAAUAAUUGACUUUCCUGAUUGUCCGCUGGUAUAUUGUUGCUGACAAUUCCCCACCGUGACUUUUCUGUAAUAUAUGGUAUCUUUUGGGAAUAUUAUUUCAUCGUGUGGGGAUUUGUAUGGAGGUUAGGCUGAGAAAAUGACAUUUGUUUUUCUCUCCUAUCGUUGCUCUGGGUUGACAAGGUGUUGAUUUAGCGUUGGGAAUGGGCUGGUCACAUGAUUCUUUACAUAUUGUCACUACCGUACCGAUUAAAGUAGUUUUUCUUGCCUCCAGCAUAGUUCAAAUAAAACACACGGCUUUGCCCCCUCCUUGUCUUCUCGUAGUACAGAUUUCACUUUUUAGCCUUAGCAAAACUUUGUAUCGCUAAUCUAAUCUGCAGGAGAACUUCAUAUUAGAGAAGAAAGCUUUAAAGAGGUUCAGUUCAAUAAACAUCUCUGCAAUUUGAGCCCUGACGAUUUUGGGCUAAGUGCACAGUUGGCAAUUCUCAAAUGAUCCCUUCGUGAAAUUUUUGACCUAGUGAUUGCUAACAGGAGAGACCGAGUCAAGAUCUGAAAGAAGUUCUUCGCACCGAGUCGACUUGGAAAGAGGCCCCCAAGAGUGUCCGAAAUGGCCGGGAGUUCGGUUUGCAUUUUUCCUCCACCACUCGCGCGCUCCCGGGGCCCCCCAGGCUGCCCGCCGGGUUGCCGCGGGCUGGGCUCCUGCUCCCCAGCGCCGCGGGCCUCGUGGGGCUGCCCCACCCCCGAGCCGCGCCGCCCGCACCCCACCCCGCCCCCGCGCCAGCCCCGCCCCCGCGCCGCGCCGGCCCCUCCCCCGCGCCCGCCGCCGCCUCCGCCCCGCCGCCCAGCCGCCCCGCACGCCUGCCGAAGCUCCGGGCUCGGCCCGGCUCCGCGCGGAGUUGCAGCGGUGGCCGGAUGCCAAGUGAUCUUUUAUCAAGCAGAAAUGCAUCGAACAACCAGAAUCAAGAUCACUGAGCUAAAUCCCCACCUAAUGUGUGUGCUUUGUGGAGGGUACUUCAUUGAUGCCACAACCAUAAUAGAAUGUCUACAUUCCUUCUGUAAAACAUGUAUUGUACGUUACUUGGAGACCAGCAAGUAUUGUCCUAUCUGUGAUGUCCAAGUUCACAAAACCAGACCACUACUGAAUAUAAGGUCAGAUAAAACUCUCCAAGAUAUUGUAUACAAAUUAGUUCCAGGGCUUUUCAAAAAUGAAAUGAAAAGAAGAAGGGAUUUUUAUGCAGCUCAUCCUUCAGCUGAUGCUGCCAAUGGCUCUAACGAAGAUAGAGGAGAAGUUGCAGAUGAAGAUAAAAGAAUUAUAACUGAUGAUGAGAUAAUAAGCUUAUCCAUUGAAUUCUUCGACCAGAACAGAUUGGAUCGGAAAGUAAACAAAGACAAGGAGAAACCUAAGGAGGAGGUGAAUGAUAAGAGAUAUUUACGUUGCCCAGCAGCAAUGACUGUGAUGCACCUAAGAAAGUUUCUCAGAAGUAAAAUGGACAUACCUAAUACUUUCCAGAUCGAUGUCAUGUAUGAAGAGGAACCUUUAAAGGAUUACUAUACACUAAUGGAUAUUGCCUACAUUUACACCUGGAGAAGGAAUGGUCCGCUUCCUUUGAAAUACAGAGUUCGACCUACUUGUAAAAGAAUGAAGAUCAGUCACCAGAGAGAUGGACUGACAAAUGCUGGAGAACUGGAAAGUGACUCUGGGAGUGACAAGGCCAACAGCCCAGCAGGAGGUAUCCCCUCCACCUCUUCUUGUUUGCCUAGCCCCAGCACUCCAGUUCAGUCUCCUCACCCUCAGUUUCCUCACAUUUCCAGUACUAUGAACGGAACCAGCAGCAGCCCCAGCGGUAACCACCAAUCUUCCUUUGCCAAUAGACCUCGAAAAUCGUCAGUAAAUGGGUCGUCAGCAACUUCUUCUGGUUGAUACCUGAGACUGUUAAGGAAAAAAAAAAUUUUAAGUCCCUGAUUUAUAUAGAUAUCUUCAUGCCAUUACAGCUUUAGAGAUGCUAAUACAUGUGACUAUCGUCCAAUUUGCUUUCUUUUGUAGUGACAUUAAAUUUGGCUAUAAAAGAUGGACUAGAUGUGGUAUUCAUAUGGACGUUAAUCGAAAAGAAAGAUUGUUCCUACAAAUUGGUUUCUGAGAAGGCAGGCAAGAUGUUUUCCUGUGUGUUAGGAAAGAUGGGAGAUGGUUUCUGUAACCACGGUUCGGAUUUGAAAAUACUCUGCAGUGGAUAUAAACAUUGGGCCAUAGUUUGUUAAUCUCAACUAACGCCUACAUUACAUUCUCCUUGAUUGUUCUUGUUAUUAUGCUGUUUUGUGAACCUGUAGAAAACAAGUGCUUUUUAUCUUGAAAUUCAACAAAUGGAAAGAAUAUGCAUAGAAUAAUGCAUUCUAUGUAGCCAUGUCACUGUGAAUAACGACUUCUUGCAUAUUUAGCCAUUUUGAUUCCUGUUUGAUUUUUACUUCUCUGUUGCUACACAAAACCGAUCAAAGGAAAGUAAACUUCAGUUUUACAAUCUGUAUGCCUAAAAGCGGGUACUACCGUUUAUUUUACUGACUUGUUUAAAUGAUUCGCUUUUGUAAGAAUCAGAUGGCAUUAUGCUUGUUGUACAAUGCCAUAUUGGUAUAUGACAUAACAGGAAACAGUAUUGUAUGAUAUAUUUAUAAAUACUAUAAAGAAAAUAUUGUGUUUCAUGCAUUCAGAAAUGGUUGUUAAAAUUCUCCCAACUGGUUCGACCUUUGCAGAUACCCUCUGUUUGAGCCUUAUCAGCAUAGAAUAUUUUUAAUGUGGAUUUCUCAUUCUAAAUUCUGUUUCAUUGGAAGCAAUUGGCAAAUUAUAAUAACUGAUUUUCUCUAGUGAUACGCAUUUACUUUUUAAAUUGUUGCAGUAAAGAAAAACUUUUAACUAAGGAAUUUGGAAAUAGUGUCUUCAUUUCCUAUUGCUUUUGAUGGAAUGAAUGUGUCUUUAAAAUGCGUAUCCAUCACUAUAAUUCUAAAACAAAUUUUUAAGUAAACCAGGAAAUUGCUGGAAGAAGGCAUUUUAUCUGAAAUUAUUUUAAUAUGUUGGAUAGCAGGAAUUUCAAAGUUAAGAGUUGCAUUUACAGCUAUGAACAAUGAUGACAUAUGUCCUCUCUCUAUUGUCUUGAAAUAGAAGCAAUUUAUUUUUAGCUUCUCCAGGUAUUAAUUUUUAAACAGAGUGAACAUGUUGAAUUUAAAAUAUGAAUAAUCCCAACAGUUUUCAGUUUGUGUUUUGCUUUGGUCGAACUUGGUGUGUGUUCAUCACCCAUCAGUUAUUUGUGAGGGUGUUUAUUCUAUAUGAAUAUCGUUUCAUGUUUGUAUGGGAAAAUUGUAGCUAAACAUUUCAUUGUCCCCAGUCUGCAAAAGAAGCACAAUUCUAUUGCUUUGUCUUGCUUAUAGUCAUUAAAUCAUUACUUUUACAUAUAUUGCUGUUAUUUCUGCUUUCUUUAAAGAUACAGUAAAUGAAGUUUUAUGAAACCACGAAAUACAUAUAUUUUUAUUUUGACCUAAAUUUGUACAGUCCCAUUGUAAGUGUUGUUUCUAAUUAUAGAUGUAAAAUUAAAUUUCAUUUGUAAUGGGGAAAUUCCAAUAAAAAGGAUAUUCAUUUAGAAAAUAGCUAAGACUUUAAUAAAAUUUGAUAUGAAAAGCACAAUGUGCAGAAGUUUUGGAAACCCUAUUGUGGAUUACAACAGGUAAAAAAAACUAAAGAGAAUCAAUUGCUGUCUUAAAUAGUGAUGUUGCUAAGAAGUACAUGCUUUGUUGUAUAAUAGCUUGAAAGCCCAGUUGAAAGAUGUAUCUGUUUAUUUACUCUACAAUCUUUGAAGUAAAAGUUACCCAUGUUUGCCAA